AAGCAUGCAGACGACUUCUAGAGUUUACGAUUGAGUGAUACACCUACAAUCUAGACAUGAUACUAUGGCAGCUUAGUACUUGAGUGACAUGUUUACAUGAAUGGUGUUUCAUUUCUAACAAAACAAGAUGAUUCCGACGGAUUGGCAGCCCACCAAUAAAUUAGCAAGAAUGAGCUUCAUUAUGCAUAUAUGGUUCCGGUGUGAUUGGGGGCAAGAGCUCCUCUCCCUCCUCACAUCCUAAUGUGUUCGAUUAGGCCUGGUACAGCGACCAGCACGGCACAGCUUGGGGAGCGUUUUGGCAGCGUAUAGCUUCGAGACCAGAGAUGUUUCACUUCGUCCUUUGAGCGGACUUGAUGCUGGAACUUUGAACACGUAGUACAUACACGAACCCUGACCUGCCCACUUGCUGAAAGGCAUACGUAUCGACCAUGCCAUCAUCGAUUUAUUUCCUUAGAGCACGGCAUCGAGACUGCGGUAAAGGACAGAGCUGUAGGCAUUCAUAAGCAUCACAGUAAAUAGAGAAGCACGCCGUGGUGAACAUUUAAAAGAUGGGCAGAAUCGCAGAAACCGAGUUGCCUUUGGCAUUUCUAGCAUUCUGAGUAUGAGAAGCAGCGUUUGGGCUAUCUGUUCCCUGACAUGGCAGCUGCAGGCCAACUGCACUGUUUCCAUCUAGUAGGCAGGUCACUCUGGAGACGAAUUUUAUUGCUGUUGGUGUUGUGCUUAUUUAUCUGGAGCAUCACUGUCAUCAACGUGACUUUCAUUUACUCAAACAACCGGCAACCAAAGGAGAGCGCUGUUUUGCAUAAAGAGAUACUGAAGUUGAGCCAGGAAUAUGUUCGAGCCCUGGCCCAAGAAAAUGCUGAUAUUGUUGAUGGCCCUUAUGCAGGACGUUUCACAGCGUUUGAUCUCAAAAAGACUAUUGCAGUGUUGUUAGAGAGCAUACUGGUUAGGCUGGAAAGGCUUGAAAACUAUCUCAACAUAACAAGCAAUGGAACAUUUUUGCAAAAUGUGCCUAUUGUAUCACCAGAAGAACGACAGAUAAUACUUUCUGCUCAAGACCUUCUUAGUGGUAAAAAUGAAAAGUGUGAGCUAACAGAUGAUGACAAGAAGAUUUACCCACACUGUCCAAACAAAAUUGAGUGGAUGAGAACUAUGUGGAAGUCUGACCCUUGCUAUGAGGCCCAUGGUGUGGAUGGAUCAGAGUGUUCUUUUAUAAUGUAUCUCAGCGAGGUAGAAGGUUGGUGUCCCAGAAAAGGAUGGAACAGAUCAAACCAAACUUUGUCUUUUGAGCCAAAGAGAUAUGCCAACAUUACUACUGAACUGAAGGGUCUUUUAGAUCUGCUUGUGGAUCCCAAUGAACGACAGGGAUAUGCAUGGAUUCGGAUGCGCAUCACACGACUGUGGGAUAAAUGGGUGAAUGGCAUGCAGAAUCUUGCUUCAAAGCAAGAUCUUAGCAGAAGAACAAAACAUAAGAUUCUUGUACAUCUUGGCUUGCUGUCCAAACAAAGUGGCUGGAAGUUUGCAGAAAUGCAGUUCAAAGGUGGUCCUUUAGGGGAGCUGGUUCAGUGGAGUGACCUCCUAUCAGUCCUGUACAUCCUGGGUCAUGAACUCACCAUUACAAGUGAAGCAGAGCAGCUUGUGCAAAUGCUUUCAGAAGUUCCAGAGGCAAAGACACCAUGCCAGACAAGGAAAGAACUGCCAGUUACCAUUAUCUACACAGAUAUUGUGGGACUUAUUCAGUUUAAGAAGAGGGUCAAGGCAGGAUUUGCAAAGUUUAGCUGCCUAUUCCGCAUUCUGGACUCAUUUGGGACAGAGCCAGCGUAUAACCAUCAUGUCUUUGCCAAACAGAACAAAAUUCUGUCAUCAUGGGGUGGUUUGGAUCUUAAUCUUCGGCAGUUCUUCACUAUGUUUCCUCACUCGCCAGACAACUCUUUCAUGGGCUUUGUCGUAGAACAUCAUCUCAAUGACACUGUGUCAGAAGAUCAGGAGCGAAAGAAUAUAGCGCUUGUGUAUGGCAAAAAUGAAUACAUGUGGGAAGGUAAGAAAGCAUAUCUGGAUGUCAUCCACGAGUAUCUGGAAAUUCAUGGGACUGUGUACCAGGAGCAAGGAGCUCCAUCCAAGCUUCCUCCAUAUGUUGUCAAUCAUGGCAUCCUUGCCGGCUCUGAUUUGCAUACACUUCUGAGAAAAGUGAAGGUAUUUGUUGGCCUAGGUUUUCCUUACGAAGGCCCUGCACCACUCGAGGCUAUUGCCAAUGGAGCUGUUUUUCUGAACCCACGCUUCAAUCCACCACAUAGCAGCAGAAACACUAAGUUUUUCAAAGGGAAGCCCACUCAGAGAGAAGUCACUUCACAACAUCCAUAUGCAGAAGUUUUCAUUGGCAAGCCACACAUUUACACCAUUGAUAUUAACAACCUUACAGAGGUUCAUGAGGCAGUACAAGCUAUUCUCAGGCAGAAUAAGUUUUCUGCCUACACUCCGUAUGAGUACACAGAAGAGGGGAUGCUGCAACGAAUGUCUGCCUACAUUCAGCACCAGCAGUUUUGUGAUUUUCAGCACCAGGUGGCCAGAUGGCCUCCUUCAUCUGCUGUAACAUUCCUCUUGGCCCAGCCUGGCUUGUCCUGUUCUCAGGCCUGCUGGGCUAAAGAUUUGAUCUGUGAGCCAACUCAUUUUUUGGAAAGCAACUCAGAGGCUGCCCUGAGGAAUCACAGCAUUAUCUGCUCUAGUUCCAGCCAGUCAGCAAAUAUAUACUACCCUGCGUUCAAUGCUGAAACUGGAGCGUGCAUUGUUCAGGAGGACGAAGCACUGUUCAGUUGUGUUGGAGGUAAAGAUAAUAUUCAGCGCAUCUGUCCUUGUCGAACUUACAUCCCAGGACAGUAUGCCUUAUGUGUGGGAUGUGAGAGGUGAUAUCUCUUACUUUAAGUGUAAGAAGAGUACUGUCUCAGUACAGUAACUUAUUUUAAAGGAAUGCAGAUAGUGACCUUUGGACCUUAAGUGGUCAUUCUUUUGUGCAGCCAUAUUCAACAUGUUUCAUUCACAGCCAAAGGAGAUGGUAUAUGCCAGCUUUUGUUCCAAAGAAAUUUUAAUUCAUGCAGUCUCAUGAAUGUGCUUCAGUUUAGCUGAGGAAGUACAGUUAUUACCAAGUUUAUGAUUUUUGCUUGUUAUUGGUAAACAUUACACAGGAGAUGGACUGUGCAAUAUAACUUGAAAUGUGAAAUGUUUAAACUGUUUUUUGAAUGUGGAUAGUUUCUUUAACUGUAAUUGUUGAAUUAAUAUUGGCUUCGUUCAAAGAUAAAUCACAUUGUGCUUAGAAGACUAUAACUUCUUGAACAUUGCUGCUACAUCCAAUAAAUGCAGUUACCUAAUUAUUAAUACUAUAAAUGUAACUGUUGUUGUUGCCAUCCAUCUUCCAGAAUUGGAAGUUGGUGCAGUGUUUGUAAGAUGAUUUCAUAGUCUGUGGACAAACUCUGUGCUGGAUAAAGUCUUUCAUGUUCUUGAAUAUUUGUAAUUAAUCUUUGAUGUUUUCAGAUUUUUCUCAUCGCUUUAUGUUCUUAUUCCCAUUUGUUUUUGUGUAGAUUAGACGUGUCUCUGGUUUUGAGCAGAUGAAGUGUCUCUGAAAAGUGAUGUAUGAAUGUGUCAUUUGAAAUGAUCAAAUGUGAAUGAAUAUCAGAUGAAUCUUUAUUUACUUUAAAUUACAUUUUAUUUAUUAAUGCAUCUAGGAGAAGGGAGGCAAGUUCCUUCAAGUUUGUCUUUUGCCUGAACAGAACAGGUGAUACCAAGGGUAUUUGUACAUCAUUCUUUUGCUCUUGAAUGUGUGCACAUUUGAUUUUUCAUUAUGAACCUCUUUGAAGAAGAUUCCUUACUAUUAAUAUUCAUCAUCAGGCUGUUAUAAGAGAAUUUUUGCUGUGUCUGACAACUUAAUACUGAAAUGCUUUCUUAUUGUGUAUGUUGUGCUUUUCACAGCAAAAUAGACCUAAUUUAAUGAUGUGUUUUAUCUUACAGUAGUCAAUAAAUCAUGGAUAAAAGAGGAUGGUACUCAUUGUCCAUUCUUAUUUUAAAGCCAUUCGACUUAUGUGCAUUGUGCACAAAUUUGUACUAACUACUGUUCAAAUUUUUGCUACCUCAUCAGUAGACAUUUUUUAUAAGGGUGAAACACUCUGUUGAGCUCUAAUGCAAGGAAAUUGUAAUGAUGUUGUUGGUGAAGGAGCAUCAUGUCAGUUAAUUUCAGCUUAUCUGCCUUCUUCUAUGCCUAAUGUUUCUUUUUCCUUUUUGCUUAAUUUUAAUUAUUUGACAGGUCACAAUGAGCAAGAAACAUCUUAAUAUUAGAUAUUUGUUGUUCUUGCAGACUGCCUUUUAGUAGUGUUUUUUUUAUAGUCCCCUUCUCAACUUUGAAGAUUUAAAAAAAUUAAACUAAAGGACAAUUUUGGUGAAUGAAAAAAUGUGGAGUUUUCAUUGAUGAAAAUGCUUUAAUCUAUGAAGGCAGUUGUUCCUUGCCUAGAGUAGUAUAUAGUCCAGCUGUUGAUCAGCAGCAUGUCAGUGUCUGAGAUUAGUUAAUUUAAACGUGUGUUGCUAGUAAAAAUUUGCUAAAGUAUUUCUGAAAUCAAGUCCUGCAAAUGUAUAAUGAGCUUAAUAUUUCAUGAGGUUUAUGACAAAGUGAGAAACUAAGCUGUGGUGAUAUUUAGAAAGUUUUAUUACUUUUUUAUUUCAGAACUUGUCUGUAUAAAUUUGAUUAAUUUUCUGAUGGCUUACAAUCAUAUCUUUAGCCUUUCUUAACAAUCUAUAAAGUUAAUAUUGACAUUUAAUCAUGAUAACUGCACUUAAUGCUAUUUAAUUCCAAUGUUUAAAAGUUAUUUAUCUUUAUUUGUCACAAAAUCAGGAUCAUUAUAGCAAUAGAUUUUGUAUGUUAAAUGGCACAGGGAAAUUCUGCAGUCUAGUCAGCAUGCACAUGAUGUCCUUGUUCCCUGUCCCCAAAACCAGCUAAUGAUAAUGCAUUCAACAAUAUUAGUGAUCAGGUUAUAAAAUCUAAGCAUACAAUCUUAUGUUUUGAGUGUCAACACUGCCCAUGUAAUACAGCAUUAACCUCUCCCCAGCAAAAUUUGUACAUACUUUCUAUUUCUGUUUCACCUUAGUGCUUGCACAUUUGGCAGAUGCCUAUUCCUUUAGUUCAUAUAACUACGUAAAUGUAAUAAGAAGAGGUUUGCCUUGAUGGAUAGCAUGGAUUUUAAUAAUGCCUCUAUAUUACUUCUUUGCUUGGAUGCCAGCUUGUUGGAAUUCCAUAAAAUCAUCAUCUAAAAGUCAGACUCACAAUAACUGUAUGGUUAGGUUUCAAGGACAGACUCUACCAAGUUAAAAUGUAGUCUGUGUGCAGAUUCCUUUCUUAGAUUGAAUGCUACCAACAUCUGCUGCUGACUUUCCUACCUUAAAAUUGGCAUCAAAAAUUUUCCACUGAAUAAGCAAGUAAGCAAAUGUAUGUGUAUGUACAGUAAUUGGCAAGUUUGUAGAAAUAUUGUCAGUGUUAUCAGUGAAUUCUCUGCCAGAAUUGCAUGAAAACUGCAAAUUGCUUGGGGGGUAUUAUUUGUCAGCAUAAUCAAAAGAAUCUGUGAUGAUGAACAGUACACCAGAACAUUAAAUGCACCUCCUCAGCCAUGUGGCAUGCUGACAGCAAAGGUUUCUAAAACCUCCUCUUUUAAAUAUUUUAUGUUUUUAUAAUCAUGAACUUUCUAAACCAACCUGUUUUAGAUGGUAACCAUUAUUAAAUAUUUCCAUUUUGUGUGAAAAGAGAGUGCAUAAAAAAGGAUUGCAGUAAUCAUAUCUGAAAAAUAUAUUAACUUCUUGUAUACAUGUAUAAAGAAUUAUGCCAUUUAUAAAUGUAAUUAUCUUCAAAGGUUUGCAGUCAGGUUUUGUCAGACUUCUAGUAUUAAAUAUAUUUAUAGUAUAUAAAUAUAUUAUUCUUGACGUAUGAACACUAAAUUUUCCACUUUUUUUUUUGUUUUGUUUUUUUGGUACAAAAUAUUAUUGGAAUUUUAGAGUCAUAAACAGAUGUGGAAAUAUUGUAGACAUUUUUCCUUAAACCUUUCGAAGUUGCCUCAGGGAUUUUCUCUCUCCCCACUUUGCUUAUUUCAUUGCAGCCUCUUUUUAUUGUCCUUCACCUUUAUGUAUUUUAUGCUCUUCUUCCUCGCUCAUACUGUUUUCUUCUUUCUCUACUCUCUCUCUCUCUUGCUUUUGGUUUUUUUUUUUUUUCAUUUUCCCAAUCCCAUCUUCAUUUCAUCAUUUAUGGCUGUGCAUAAUCAAAAAAGAAUUCUUUGAUAUUGACAUAGCAUCUUUGUAAUGAUUCCUGAGCCCAUUCCUUGCUAACCUUUAUUGACUUCGUUACAUGCACAUGUAUACAUUUACACAUUCGCAAAUGCAGACUUUCAUUAUACAUGUGUAGUCUUUACUGAUAAACAUUCUUUAAAAUGACUACAGAAAUCAAAACUUGCAGAUUUUUUCAUCUUAUCUGGAAACACAGUUUUUUAAUACUUUAAAAUUUUAAGGUGCAUCUUAUGUAAUUUUCAUAUGCAUUUAUGGAUCUGUGCAUUAAUGAGAAUUUCUAGCUUUUCAUUUUUCGAAAUACAUUUGUGUGGUGUGUGUCAGAGUAAUAUUGGUGCAGUGGGCUUAUGUCAUUGCUGCAGACACUUGUACAGAGUCUUCUGUGUGCUUUUUAUUGUUUUGUAACUGAAGAUUAUGACUGUAAUUAGCCCUAUCUUCAUCAUAUCUAAUAUUCUUCCCACAUCUUGAUUGCUUCUAAAUGCAUUCUUGUUCUUAAAUUUUUUAUCAGGUCACAGAGGACGUAAUCAAUUUCAGAUGUAAAUUAUACACAGUGACCAGUUUUCAUGUUUGCCUCAUCCUUUAUUAGAUUUUUCAAAAAAAGAGUGCUGUUUUAAUGCACCAGUAUCAUUUUAGAAUGUCCUUUAUGUGUGGCCAUUCACAGUAUUGCUUUUGAAAUGUCAGAAAGCAUUCAUUAGGGCAGCAUGUGUUCUAGAAUAAAAAUAUGUUUGUCAUUUGUGAAAUUGCAAAGAAUUCCGAACUUACAUUUGCAAGCUGUUAUUGGUUUCUUACAUACUUUGUUGACCCUCUAAAAUGUGAAUAAUCAAGGUCUCAAGUAGAAAAGUUAGAGAAGUGAAUGUGGGUGGGCUUCAUUAAAUUAGAUAUCAGCUUACAGAAAAUGCAUGGUAAUAAUAAAAAAAUUUACAAGAGACAUGGAUCAGAUCUGGUACAACAGGUAUUUGGAAUUUGUUUCAACUCAAGAGUACCUGUUUUCUGAUGAUUGUCUUAAAAACAUUGCUCUCCUUAUAGCUGUCCUAAUAAAUACUGUGGUCUUUUCGA